AUGUUUGACACCGCACACAAUGGUCAAUCCCUGUCCCCACCGCAACGCAACAUUAUGGCCAAUGAUUUUAUGACCCUUCGAAGACACAUCCAAUGGAGAAACCUUCACACCGAUGUGCACUCCCUACGUAAUGUUUUUCUUGGCCGCGCCAAGGCGUCAUUGGCUCUUCAGGCGCUUGGUGGUGGUGAAAAGAAGUUUAUCAGUGUGUCACAUGAACUCAACGGAAACGCCAAUGUUGUUUUCCUUUUGCAGAAUAUGAAGGUGCCAACGUGUGUAUUAACUGUGCACGGCAGGCUUGUUUGGCAUUGGUCCCCAAAAGGCAGUGACGGGGCAGAUUUGGUUCCACGGGGCGCGGCGCCCUUCCUUACGGCGUUUUUUGACCGCACCAUGUCACUUCUUUGGGACAACGUUAAUAACAUGUGGAGCAUCCAAAAUGAUAUGGUUUUUAUGCGUCCUGACCGUACACUGCUGCACGACGACGGGUCAGCGAGUUCCCCUUUGUUCUUUGCAAACCAACCGACGAGAGUGGAAGUCAUGCGGCGGCGCUACCUGCCAAAUGCCACAACGGAAGUGAUGCGAAGCGUUAUUGAACACUUUGGCAGUGACGCGGGCGUACAGGCGUUUAUCAUGAGCCAUCUUCCGACACUACCAGCGGACCGCGUAGAAGGGGCUCUGAAAGACCCUGCAUCCAUGUUGUCCCUUAUACAGGGAUAG